AUGCUGGGCUCUCUGGGGACGUGCCCACAGCCCCUGACAGCCAGUAAAAGAGUCCAGCCGUCACCACACUCGAAAGCCUGGGACGGCGGCGGAUUCUCCACGCCCACAAGGUGGUUCCCAGCUGCUGCAGCAGGGAGCCUGCAGCCACGGUGGGCAGCACAGCCCCCUUCUUGGAACAGGGUCACAAGGCGACCAUUCUCCCAGGGGGACCCAUCGGGCACGGCCCAGGUGCAGCUGAGGACUCGGCUGCUCAUCACCUGCCUGUUUGGAGGGGCCUUCCUGGGGGUCUGGCUCUACUUCCGCAGGGAAAAGGAGCAGCAGCAGAAGCUGCAGCGCAUCCAGGAGCUGAAGAAGCUGUCCCUCGGCCAGGGGGACUUCCAGCUGGUGGACCACACCGGGCAGCCCCGCUCCAAGGCCAACUUCCUGGGCCAGUGGGUGCUGCUCUACUUCGGUUUCACUCACUGCCCCGACAUCUGCCCGGAGGAGCUGGAGAAGAUGAGCCAGGGAGUGAGGACUGGAGAAGAUGAGCCAGGGAGUGCGGCUGCUGGACCAGUCAUCACCGUGGACCCGGAGCGGGACGACGGGGCCGCCGUGGCCAAGUACGUGAAGGAGUUCCACCCGCGCCUGCUGGGGCUGACCGGGAGCCCGGAGAACGUGCGGAAGGCAGGCCGGGCCUACCGGGUGUAUUACAGUGCCGGGCCCCGGGACGAGGACAACGACUACAUCGUCGACCACACGGUGAUCAUCUACCUGCUCAGCCCCGACGGGCUCUUCCUGGACUACUACAACCGGGGCAAGAGCGAGGUGCAGAUCGUCCAGAGCAUCAAGGGCCACAUGGAGACCUACCGGCGGCUCGGCAGCUGAGCACCAGCAAUAAACGCCCUGCUCACUGCUAGGGCAGACCCAUGGGCCUGAUCUCCUUUCCACUGCUGGGCCGGACCUGGCAAAGCAGGCAGCCCCCUGCCCCUGGGCAGCCAGUGGGUCCCCUCCCCCGGGGCCCUGAGGGCAGGCCGCUCCUCCCUCUGCUGCAGUCAGUGCUGUUCUCUACCUAGGCCUGCCAGCACCAAACACUGCUGCUGCUUUGCAACUCCCAGCCUGCUUGCGGUGCUGGCCUUGCCCCUACCAAAGGCUGGGCCUGCCCUGGCAGCAUAGUGAGUGGGAGGGGCUGCUGGUACGUUGAGUUGACCUGGCCUAGCUGGGAGCUGCCAGGGGGCAGGAGGAGAGGUGGAGGCUGCCACGUACCUAAGAUUACUCACAGCCAGCCUGGAUAUUUCUCUGCGCUGGUUGGGGCGGGUAUUUCCCAACAAGUCUCUGAGCUGGUGGGUCUGAGGGGCUCAGCCCAGCCCUGGGAGCAGGACACUAAUACGGGGGGGGGGGGGCCCUCCCGCCCUGCAGCCUGGGCCUCUACUGACACUGAGUAAAGGUCUCGGCUCCUCUGGGGUGGCCAAUACGUUUUGCAGGGGGACAGGUAACUCCACAAAUUGUAGCUAGCGGUGCAGGCAGCUCCACCCCCACAAGGGGCCCCUCUAAAUGCUAGUGGGGGACAGAGACUUCAUGUGCUCCCCUGCCUCGCCAGAGGGCACAGCACCUAGAGGGCACCGCCAACCAUUUGGAACAGCUGGCGGAUCCCUCUGGACACUGCAUGCUCUCCCCACACCCAGGGCAGGGCAGGAGCCAGUACAAAGUCAUUCACUGAUCAAAAGGGCUGGGGGCUCCCCCCAGGCGCUGUGCACCCCUUGAACAGCGAAUGACUUCUCGGGCGCCCCGGCCUUGCUGGGGCCCGUGGUCUGCACCUUUCCCAUCCCUGCUCUGAGCCCCUCCCCAGCACAAGUGCACAGGCCAGGCUCAGGCUGUGUAUGAGCCAGCGCUGCUCUGGGGGAGAGGAGAGGCAGAGCAGCAUGGCCCAUAGUGCAGGUGGAUUGGGUCACCCCUGCGCAACAGCCAGAGGGAGUGACAGCCACAGAGGUGACACGGGGUCGAAGGGCUGCCGGAGGAGAGUAACAAGACUGGAAUGGGUCAGCUUGGACGAGAGCCCAGCGAGGGUGGAACAGAGGCUGGGGGACGCUGCCUGCUGGGGGGCCAGGGAGCCGGGAAGGGCUGUUGCCCAGCCUAUAACAGGCACAAGGUCACUCAGCAGGCUGAACACAGGGCCACAGGCCCAGGGGAGGUUGUGAGGCCAAGCGCAGGCCCCGUUCCAAAGGGAACGAGAGAAGUGCCAGCAGCGCGAUUGGCCCAGGCUGCAGCCUCAUGCACUGAACCUCACGGCCAGAAGCCGACGGGUACCCGAGGGCCAGGUGUGCCCGCAGAGCCCUGGGCCUGACCCCGUGGGUCAUUAGGGGCAGGAGCCUGGGGGAAGGGCCAUGUCUGUCUUUAGCAGUGCCAGGUGGGAGAGGAGCGGGACAGGAGACGGCCUGGCCCACGAGCGUUUCCACCUACCCGCCAGC